AUGGCGGAUCAAGAGUCUCCUGCUUUCUUUCAGAUCUCCCCCAACAACCAUGCGCCGUGGGUUGUGGUGACGGCCACGGUAUUUCUGAUAUACUCGAUUAUGGCCGUCGUGUUCAAGGUCGUGUCAAAGCUUCACCUCACGUUCAUGAAACUAUACGACUGGCUGAUAGUCGCAUCGACAAUCACUGCACUGGUGCAAACCACCUGUGUCAUCGCUGCGUGCAAGCAUGGCCUAGGGCGACACCAUGAUGCCGUGUCCAACGACCAGUCUGCCUCCUUCUCACGAUAUACAUACGCAGCCCAGAUGCUUUUCAUCAUCGCCUGCGCCUUCGCAAAAGCAUCCGUCGUCUCUUUUGUCAUGGCUAUAGCGCCACAGCGACGGAUUCAACGCUUUUGUUACGCCCUGCUGGCUAUCAUCGUUGGCUGGACAGUUUCUGGGGUCUUCGCAAUCGCCUUUCAGUGCAAACUACCACAGCCGUGGAUAUUCGAGGACGGAAAAUGCAUCGAUCAGGAGGCGCUCUCGCUCUUUCUAGGGAUCGUGAACAUCCUGACAGACCUGGCCCUGGUCGCCAUCCCCUCGGCCAUGAUGUGGUGGGUGCAGACAAACACGACCAGAAAAUGGCAGGUCGUGACCUUGUUCGCCUCUCGAAUCAUUGUUCCCAUUUUCAUCAUCGUCCAGCUUGUCGAGUAUCGCAAAUUGUACGAAUCUGACGACAGGAGCUGGAACAUGGUCGGCCCGGCCAUCUGGAGCCAACUGGUGAUGAACCUGUCUAUCCUCACGGCAUGCAUCCCGAGUUUGAAAACAGUCCUCGACAUGUUCAAAUCCGGCACCUCGUUCUUCACCGUCCCUGCCCAGUACCAGACGACCGUCGACAACAGCUCUCAGGGGCUCCGAUCUAAGAUUGCCACCGCCGUCACGCAGCGAUUCACAAUGAAGCGGACGGCCAAUAGGAGCCAGAACAACACCACCGCCUCGUCGAGAGAGUGGCCUACAAAACAGAUGAAAGCGGUCAGUGGGCAACAUUCCGCACAAGUCUCGAGUAAUGUCCGGAGCCACUCUGACAUGAAGGACAUUCCUGUACGCAGUGAGAGCCAGAGGAGCCUGACAGAGAAUGCCAUCAUGAGGACUGUAGCAUACGAAGUCGGGUACGAGGACAUGAUGGCCGCACACAAUGCUGCCGGGUCGGAUGGGCAAUCUCGAAUUUCCAUCAACAGCGAGGCUCAGCAUUCUUACUAG